UGCAUGCCCUGCACAAUCAAAUCCAAUGUUUUGAUGUAAUAUUUCCGAUCAAGCUUCCUUUCGUUUGUAAAACAACCCACAAACUGCCGAAGUAGGUAAUAAGCGUUAAAGCGUCGUAGCCUGACAUCAUCAUCUUUGCAUACAUAGCCUGACAGGCAAAUAAUGUAGAUGCAAAUCAGGUUAUCCGCAGAGGAAGUACCUCGAACGCGCGUUCGUACGAUUGAUGUCACAAGUUUCUGGAUCUCAAAAAAAUGGCUGUGAAUUCUGAUUCUUUUACCAGUGGUUUGGAAUGAUAUGUGACUUCUCUGGAAUAACAUGCCCAUAUCUGAGUAUGAAAACAAUUUGAACAUCGCAAAAUGGAAGGGAAUGUUUGUACCCGCUCUUAGAAAGGUAAGCUCAAGCUAGCUAAAAGGAAAAUUUGAGCCAUCGCAUUCCUGUUUCUGAGAAGAAACGGUGAAAUUCCGAUUGAUUAUUUUCUCUUUUCACCCUAUUGAUUGUUUAUUUCAUGGUUUGAAAAGAAGGUUUAUAAAUCAGCGGGUAUUGUUUUUUAUGGGAGAGUUUUGCUGAAUAUAUUAUUCUCACAAUCCCAUUUAUAACUUAAAGAGGAGGCGUGAUUCACUGAAAGGGAUUUCUGUUUUAAACUUUUUGUUUUAAUCCCAUCUUUCAAAUUCGGUUUAGGUCCAAUCGCAGGUUCACCCCUCGUUGAAGGUUCACGAUGACGCCCUAGAAUACAUCGAAUCUUUGAUCAUACAACUUCUGAAUCACCUCUGUGCGGGCCAGCCUCGGUCAGUUGCUGAUGUCGAGGAACGAGUGAUCAAUACAUUCCCCCAUCCGAUCGAUAAAUGGGCCAUUGGAGACGCACAAGCCGCCAUCGAAAAGGGCAGGAAGAAAAGCCCAGUUGUGCUACCUGCGGAUAAAGUGCACCCUUUGAUUGUAAAGGUGAUUUAUUACUUCGAUUCCGAGUCUUACAGUGGUUUUGUUUUCAUCCUAAGCAGCUGUCACCUAUCACAAGUCUAAUGACUUCGCAAAUUUACCCUGCUCAAAGGCUGCUUAUCCUGUGAUUAUUUUACACCCUACAAAGUACGCAACAAAAUAAGUUUUUCUCUGUUUCUGUACACUUAAGUUUGUAUACCUGUUUGAAGUACUUUUUAUUGUCUAUUUCAUCUGUUGUUACCCGGCUUGCGGUUGUAAAACAAUUAAAUUUGCCAUUAAAGAACACCGGUCAAUUUUCCCAUAAAAUGCUCACUAGAUAUUACAAUCGAGGAAAUUAGAUGCGGUUUUUCGUUUUUCUCCUUUUUAGAUUGUUUUUAAUUGAGCUAUAUACAUAUUGCCAUUUCAGUUCACUAUUUUAAUAUGUUACAAAUUCUGGUGUAUUUACUUAAGACUGCACUCUAUAUUAAAUGUUUAUAGAAAAAUAUCCACCCAGUUUAUCACCAUCAAAAUUUCUUACUACCUUUCCUGUAUAACACUAUGUUUCAUGCUUUUAUUCUAACACUUGAUUAAAUAUACGAUGCAUUGAUAAAAAUAGACUAAUGAAUUAUUUUUAACUACAGCUGUACUUUUUGUUGCCCUGGGGAAGACUUUGUACAAAUAAAAUCAAAUUUUAUCAUUCUUUUGAGGUUUGUCUAAAAUUUCAAAUGCGUUUGGAUGUUUAAACAGGACAAAAUAUUGUCCAUUUUCUCUUUAAACUAAACUUAACCCCCUCCCUCCCCCCAUGCAGUAGCAUCAGCUGGUACAGUGUGCACAUAGUAAAGAAACACAAUGAUUUGUUUUUCAGGAUAUUCUUGGAUUCAGGGUUGAGUUUCAAGUGUCUCUUUACAUUGUUGCAGUAAUGGAGUAUAUUUCAGCUGAUAUCUUAAAGGUAAGCUUGCCUGAUUCAUCAAAUUGCCAGAUUUAUAAGCUACAGAAGCUUUUAAGAAGCCUUUGAAUGUUCAAAUCUAAUCUAUCUGUCAUGAAACCCCAGUUAUCUAAUUAGUAAUGAGAUAUUAGUCAUGAGAUAUGAGUAAGGGGAGAGGAGGUUACAGGUGCAGAAAACAUUUGAUACCUUCUGCACUUUUUUGUAACAAGAAAUUUUGUGCGAAACAGGUUCUGUUUUGACUGUACUGUGGUCUAGGCUCACCUGGCACCCAUUUCUCAAAAGUCCUGGUAUCGUUUUGGGCCCAGAUCAAAACAAUAAUUAUUCAAAUAAACAUUUAAAGAAUUAGAGUGUGGGCCAAAGCUUAGCUAACCAACCAGUCCAUUUUGUUUUGUUAACUGUGAUAGUUUUGUCACAUUAUCAGCAAAACUACAGUACUGAAAUUUUGUUGACAACCGAUACAAAAAUGUUCUGGGCCCAUCAGUUAUCGGGACUUUUGAAAACUGGGCCCCGGCACUUAUAGUAGGGAUUGCUGGAUCUAUUGUCAGAUUCUGGGCAGGGAUGGGGAUUGGGGUGCUGAUGGGGGGUGGAGGGUACUUUUUUGUAAAAGGCCAGUGGAGAUGUGGCCUUAAAUGGGAUUACAUUCUUAUGACUGGAUUGACUUUAACAAGGUUGCAUUUUUCUAUAGAGUUACUAGCUGGGGUACUGAUUUUCUUCUAGCAGAGCCCAGUACUAGAAAAUCUUACUUUUUUCGUGCAAAUCAUAAUUUAUGCUGGGCACCCUUGAUUUCACAGGUUCAGAGCUCUGGGCUCCCUUUAAUUUUCGUUAGAGCACAGCCUUGAUAAUGGGUUAGAGUUUCUAAGAGGCCAGCUGCACAUAAUUGACCCAAUCCCCCCCACUGAGACUUGUAGUGCAACAGUUUAUAAUAUCAUAGACGAAGAAGGGAAGUGUGUUGACUGGUCAAAACCAGACCCUCCAGUUAUAACAUGUGAAAAAGUAGAAGUUGUCAAAAUCAUCUAAUUGCUGGAAGUAAAGUUAGUUGUGUUCAUUCAGCACAACAUUUUUACAACUACUGUGUGAUAAAUGUUUGGUUUGUUGUUGUACCAAAGAGUCACUUUAUCAAAGACUUUUACAUGUACAUGCAAACAUUCAUAGAAAACACAACUAUGUAUAGUGGAAACUGACUGCCCAUGGGAUUCAGGUGUUUACAGUUUUUGGUGUGUCUGUUUUGCUCUUGUGAUUUUAUUGGCUUGCUAUGUCAUAUAUACAUGAAACAUAACCUGUUUUGUUGAAGAAAAUAAAGUGUGAUUUCUUGCAUAGGGGGAAAAAUUUUUGAUUCGUGAGGUGGCACUUAUGUAUCUGGCACAUUAAGUUACACUCCACCUUCAUGUCUUAUAGCGCUCCGAUGACUAAUGUCAAAGAGAAAAUGAAGUGUGACUUCUUGCAUCAAGAAAAACAAUUUUUUCGAUGCAACAGGUCACACUUCAAUUUCAUGCUAUUUAACAUGCCAAUGACCCCCUUUUUUGCAAACUUUCUUUUGACUAGAAAAAAAAAAAUUAAAUUGAGGAAAUGACAAGAAAUGACUAGAGUGUAAUAGACUCUCUUGUUUGCAAACUGAAUCAAACAGUAUUUUGUAUCUGGUUGUCGGAAUUAUCGCUUUUAUUAUGGACAUUAUGGACUAAUAUACAAGAUGCCUGCAUAGUGUUUCAGUUUCUAUGAAAACUGUAAACACCAUAAAUAAUAAUGAUGGGAUGCAUGAAAUAAGCCUUUACAAUGUAAGUGGCUCUUGCUCUAAUGUCAAAUUUUCCAACUGUUUCAAAAGAAAAUAUAUAGUAAUUUAUAAGGAGAAUCAAGCAGUUUAUCGGAACUCACUUGGGGGUUAGACAGGUUUUUUACAAGGCUGUUAACAGAGAAGCUGUCAGUUUUAAAGAGUGUCUGCUCUCUGAGAGAUCUUUGAGUCCGAUUAGAUUCUCGCACUCAUGCUUCCUGUUUUCAUUCCUAACAGCUGGCUGGCAAUUAUGUUAAGAACAUCAGACAUGUUGAAAUCACAUGCCAGGACAUAAAGGUGGCUUUAUUCGCUGACAAGGUCUCGUACGAUUUUUUUUUAUGUUUAUGUUUGUUUAUGUAUGGUGCCUUCUUGAUUCUAGUGCAGUGAUCUCUUUUAUAUUUAUAAAAUAAUUCAUUUACCAUAAAAAUGUUUCUUUAUGCCUUACCCCUAACUUUCAACUGUGAUUUGAAAAAAAUAAUAAUUAUAAUGAUAAGCUGAAGUGUUCAAAUGGUUUGUGUGAUUGAGUAAAUGUUUGGCUGACUGUUGAAACGAAUUGACUCACCAUUUGAACAGCUUGAUUAUUAAACUGUUUUGAAGGUUUGGUUCACUGUUUGAAUAGUUGAUUCAUAUAAAUUGUUAUUUGAAAGAAUUGCAAAAGUGUUUGAACAUCAUGUUAGGAUAUUUGAAUGGACAUCUUGACUUGUGUUCUCAGUCAUGGGAUAAAUGUUAUUGUCAUUCAGAACAUUGCAGUUGUCAUUCACUGAUGACCAAAUGGAAACAAAUAAAAAAAACACAUUAUUUUCAAGAAGCACAUCUUCUAUUCUGAUCCCUAUAAUUGGACUUUGAGGAAGACCUAAUCUGUGAUGUUGUUUGUAAAAUACUUAAAUUUAAAUCAAUUUCAAUUCUUUGCCCAAAAACGUCAGCAAGAUUACUCCGUGUAAUGAAAUUUGUGAGAAAAUUUUGGUAGCAUGCUAGGGAAGAACAACGGCAACAAGUGAAAUAUUUCACAAGAAUCACAUUACACCAUGUUCAUUUCUGAAACCAAUAACGCUCCAUUAGUGUGUUUGCUUUUUUGUCCAUUUAGCUCACUUUUAAGCCAUUUUCUGAAGUUAUCAAAGUAUCUAUUGAGGAUUUAGGUAUUGCAAUCUGCAUUACAGAAGGAUAUUGGACAUCACAAUUCUUCAGAAACUGCAGAUGCUCUUCAUGUAUUUAUGAACAUUAUAUUCAAACCAUCUGAAUGGAUAAUAUUUACUUCUAUCUUCCUGAUGCGAAUGAUCAUUGGUGUCCAUUGUGCCCUUUACAGUAACAUAAUUUUUACACUUUCCAAAAGAGAUUUUUUCCUAGAUAAGCCGCACCCUUGAUUUUGAACCUAAAUUCUAAGCAAAUUCUUAUUGUACAUGUAUACACAAGUUUUUAUAUUAUAGUGUGGAAAAGCAAAUGAUACUCAUCACCUUAUUUACAAUAAAAUGUUUUAAAAAGGCCUGUUAAAAAUGCAAUUGAUACCUUGUAAUGAAGACAACACAUUUUUUUUUGUCAGUAAAUGCUGUGAGACAAUAUUAUUGUUAAGUUCUGUAAUGAGAUAUGUUGAUAUCUUAUUAUUAUAAUAACAAUUAUUAUUAUAAUUACAUGUGCGUCAAUAUUCAAUGUGACAGUCGUAUUUGAUUUUGAAGAAAUAUAUUAAUAACAAUAAACUAAGGUUGUGCUGUAAGCACAUUUCUAAUUAGGGACCCAAUAGCUCUGACCAUAUAAAAUUAAAGGUGUUAAUGAUAAAAAUUUGAUGCAAAAACUAAGAUUAUCCUGUCCUUCUUUAAAGUCAAAAAUUAGUUGUUAGGGGCCCGGACUUUUAGCCAGACAUUGAAAACUGGCCAUCCAGAAGGCAUGUUUUCCCAAAAAAUUAUUGGAGAUUAAGUGAAUUUUCCUUAUAUUUCUUCCAAAAAUGGGCGUCCAUACAUGAAGGAUGGCUGGACACCCUUCUGGCUAAAACCUUGCAGGGGCCACUAGGCUCUUCAAGAGCACAGCUGUGCAAACAUCGUGUAACAUUUGUUCAUAUUGUGUACAUUUUAGGUAUUAAUGGAUAUGUUUCAUCCUGAUGACGUGGAAACAUCUGUGGAGGCAGAGGUUGGCAUUAAUAAUACAUUUGUGCACUGCCCUCUUAUAAACCCUUAAAGCAAGAUGCAUAAUCAUUUUUCACAAUGCCCUUGAUCCAUACAUUUGUUAUUGCAUGGUCAGUGAGGCAAAUUUGUCUCAAGUCAAGACAUUGUACCAGUGGUGAUCAUUUUUUCUUUUCCCAUGACAUUUCUAUUUGAAAAAGCGGUAAUAAUGCAAGGAAAGAUUACAUGCUGAUCAAAGCUUUUAAUGAAAAAAAUGAAGUGAUUCGGUCAACAGUUUUUUCUCCACAUUGCUUUGCCUUACAACAUUGCAUCCAAUUUACCUUAUUCUUUUUCAUUAAUAAACUCUUGUGGUUGGUGGAUGAUUUCACGUAACAGUUCUAUGCCAAACAGAAAACACUGCAGGAAAGUAAUGGACAAAAUUUAGGUUGUAGGGAAGCACUUAAAUCUAGGGGUAAUUAAGGGGACCAGGAGAGAAGCCUUCUUUGGGAGAGACAAAAUCGAGUGCUACAUGUACUGGGGAUAUCCUGAUCAGUCUUUGGGGGUGAGGCCCAUAUCCCCUAGUCCCUAGGAACUAAGGGGAACCAGUAGGGGGCCCUCCUGGGCAGAGUACAGAGUAUAGAUCAGGUGGGACUGGGGGUCAGCAUCCAGGAGUGGAUAUUUUUCCGGUAAAGUUCAUAUUCUCGAUCUUGAAUGCAAUGUAUUAAGUGGCAUGCAAUCAAUUUUGCUAAAAAUGCACAGAAGGAACCAUUGCAGAAACUGGUAAUAGAACUGCAACUUUUUCCCACUUUGCACCUGCAGAUUUUCUUAUGAAUCCUUGCUUUUUUCCUGAAGAUAUAAUGAUUGUAAAUGCCAAGAUUAUUUUUGCUGAUAGUUUUCUUAGUUUUCCAAUAUUAUAAGAAAGCUAUAUCUGCUAGCCUUGUCAUGAUUAAAAACUCUUUUAAAUAUCUUCCUUUUUUAGACUCUAAGCCGUGAAACUGCACUUACUUAUGAGGAAGUUGUGCGUGAAGUGAUGCUUGCUGAGAGCCAGUACAUUAGGGAUUUGAACAUGAUCAUCAAGGUAUUAGCAAAUGUGUGUCACUUUUACCAUUUAACAUAAUUUAAUGUAAAGAUUUAGCCAAGGCCAAAGGCGAAGCUCCUGUUAACAAAUUUAUAACUUGCUUCAGUCAAUAAACUUGUAACCAUUGCAAAGAAAUCUGCUUGGAGUUAAGCCUCCCAUCAGUAAUUUUGAAGGCUAAUAAAGCGUUGGCAGAAAACUUAAAAAAACGUAAUUUAUUAAACCUCAAUGGGUCCACACCUGAGUCCAUGGUAUAAUCAUGGGAUACUGGUCAGUGGAUACCUUGUUUUGACAGCUAUCAGUUGACAACAACAUGGGUGUGCAUUAUCAAGGCAUUCCAGGCUCCCGCACUAGCUAGAAAGUGUGACAUUUCACAUUGGUUUGCCUGUGGUAUGGAUGUAUGGCCAUGAGACUACCAAAAUUUCUUGGAUCGAAAGACCAAAUUCCUUAUCUAUGAGGCUCCCCUUGCAUGCAUCCAUUCACGUGGGGCUCUAGGACAGUAACAAGAUGUGGAUAUUUGAUUGAUUUUACAGGUUUUUAGAGCACCUUUUGUAGAAGCAAAGGAUCUUUUCACACGCAACGUAUGUACCUACACUCUAUAUUAUUAUCAUUCUUGUUGUAUUUGGUUACUGGUAACUCCUUCAAAUGUACUCACAACUGAGGAGUAACUAUGUUUUCUUCCUGAUUAUAUAUUUUACAGGAUAUUGACCAAAUUUUCAGUAAUAUCACUGACAUCUAUGAAUUCUCUGUGACAUUUCUGGGGUUGUUGGAUGCAGCGAUUGAAGUAGCAGAUGAAGGGAAGCAACCAGCAAUUGGGGAAUGUUUUGAAGAAAUGGCAGAGGUAACCUGUGUGUAUGACCCCAUUUUUGCAUAGGUCUGGGCAAAGUAUUGAAUGGUCAAAAAAUAGCCAAAUCCACCUUGUGUUUAUAUGGGCACGACCCAUAUAACCAUGCAAGUUUUUGAAUGGCAAAGUGUGCAUGCUUUUGACCAGAUCAGAAGAAGGUCCAAAUGUUUGGAUCGUUAUACAUUUUUAUGAAACUGCCCACCUACCACUCCCCUAAGCCAACAUUAAGACUUACUUCUCACUUAGGGCAAAAUGUUGGCUUAGGGGAGGGGUAGGUUGGCAGUUUUCCAGAAAUGUAAAGAUCCACCUUUUUGUACCGGUAUAGUUCCACUUUUACACAGACUUGUGUGAACACCUGAAUCAUACACAUUUUUGCACAGUUUGCUCCGUAAAAGCCUAGAGCCUAGUUACUUAUGUGUGAUAAAAAAAGCCAUUCCAGUGCUGACACUGGCAAAGAGAAAGAGAAAGAGAAUUUUGAUCAGUGUAAUAAAUUUAUUGAGAUAAAAUUUGAGUCCAGUGGUCCACAGUUCAAAAGCACUUAAAGCUUGUAUUACUUCUGAUGAUCGAUUAUGAUUAUGAAAUUCAUCCGAUUCCCAUUUUUACUGGGGACUAGUUGUGUAGCUCUCAUAAAAAAUCAGACAAGACUGAGAUACAUGUACAGGUAAAUUAAAGCAAAAUUUUUCAUAGCAGGCGUUCAUCUAAAAUAAUCACUUCAUCUGGCUAACCAAUCUCUUGGUACUAUAGCAUCUACUCCGAGCAGGUUGCAUGCUUAAUUCAUUAUGAUUGUGCUUGCCUAAUACCAGGGAGCUGAGUUUGAAGUUUAUGAGACAUAUGCCCGUGAGCAGACAGCAUCGGCAAGCAAGCAGUAUAGACAUCUUGGGAUUGGUGGGAAGCUCUCAGAAUUGUUACUAAGACCUCCUGUCAAUGACUAUUUCAAGGUAUGUAGGCUCCAUUUUUAAUUUAUUAAUUUGAUAAAAUAAAUAAUUGUUAUAGUGAACAGAACUUUACCGUUACAGUAUCUGGUCUCUAACAGUUGUUCAACCCCAGUUGUUCAAAGCCUGGAUAGCACCAUCCACUGGAUUACCUAUCCAUUGGAUAAACGUUAGGCAAACCAUUGUGCCACCCAAACGGAUGGAGAUUGAGCUAGUGAAUAAAUCCACCUUCAUCCACCUUGUGAACAAUGCGUACUGGGGCCUGAAUUAAAUUGAUUAGUACAGGUCCUAGAACUUCAACUGUUUUAUUUACCCCUAUAAAAUAAGAAGCAGCUAUAACAUGAAACAAGAAGAGCCUAAUUAAGAUUCCUUUUGAAUGGCUGCCCUUCACUAUUAGAAACUAAUAACCAGAUGUUACCUUUGACUUUUCUUUAUCAAAACAUAUAGACUGUUCACAGUCCCCUAUUUUUCCAUGAGAUCGUCAAGAUAUAGUGCUUCUUACUGUUAAUGGCAGCCGUGUUGACUGUGAAAUGUACCAAGGGGGCGGGCAUCAGGGUUUAUAGCUCUAGGGAGGGGGGGGGGGCGAGAAAAAUGGAUGGACUGUAAAUUUAACAUCACUGAUGAUGUUUGAUUAGUCAUUAGAUAAUAGAUAAUAAUUUGCGUUGACAAUGGGCUUAGCUUAAGUUGUUGACACUGAUAAGUCAUUGUUUUUAUAAAACGCACCAUAAAGCACAUCUUGUUCAAAGACACAAAGGAUUUUUGUUAUUUUCCUCAUUAAUCACGUAAGCCAACAUGCUUUUGAAGCAGCCUGGCCAAGGGAAUGUUGUAACAACGUUUCUCUCAAACCAACUGAAAUUUAACGCUAUGCCAAUGCAAAAAGACGACCUUUCAGAAAUGCCUGGCUUUGGUGAAGUGAGCAUGCUUAGCGCUUCAAUUAGGAAAAUGUUUCACCUUGACAUGUUUGUCCUAGAAACUGUACAAAAGGAGAUAAAUUAUUUGUAAACAUGCGAAAUUCUGCUAAAUUUGUUUGGCAUGUUUUUCAUUGCCAGGAGAGUUUCUUAAGUGAAUGGUAAAAGGCGUGAAAUGCCUGUCACACCACCUGAACAUGAGCUGCAGUGAUGUUAUUACAGUCCCUCUGUUUUUCUUGCUUCCUACCAAACCACCCCCACCCCCUACGUAGUUUUGACACUCACACAAGAUGGCAGCUUGUAACGCAAAGCGCUCGAUCUCGACGAUCUUACGGGAAAAUAGGGGACUGUGAACAGUGUACAAAACAUAACACAAGAGGAAUUAUUCCUGAGCAGCUUUCAUUGGAAUAGUGAAGAUUUUCAUCCACUCAAAACAUUCAGAAGUUGGAACCAGUUUGCACUGUACAUCAUAGUAAACUGCACCAUGAAAAAUUAUUCUUUUUGCAUGGAAAAUAUGCACUAAAAAUAAUAAUAAUAACAAUAAUAAAAAUAAUAAUAAUAAUAAUAAUAAAAACAAUAAUUGUAAUUGUAAUAAUUAUCAAAAUAAAGCUUAUUAUUAUAAUUGUUAUUAUUUGACUGUCUGGGGCUUUUUUCAUAUUAGGAUGUCAUCAUCAGAUUUAACAGUUAAGAUCAUUUUCAACAGCCAAUAAUAUUAUUGCUGAAAUUUUUUUCUUGCCAAUUUUUUUGAUGAUGGGUAUCAUUGGCAAAAUCAUUGCCAUAACUUUGAAUGAUUGAUUUUUUAUUUUUAUCAAGUCAAAAGGUCCUGGUUUUAAGGAAGCUGUCCAGUACUGCCUUCCCAAGCUGCUUAUGAUGCCUAUUUAUCAAUGUCUACACUACUUUGAUCUCAUCAAGGUAAAGAAUUUGAUGCAGCUUAAAUGAGUCUUAAGUUGCGGGCUUGUUUGUAAGCAGAAAAAAAAUUGUGAUCUAAGGAGCUAUGCUAAUGGACAAAAAUCAGUUUAAUUAAACCAUACCCAUAUAAAUAGCUUUUUCCUGGAGUGUUCCCUCUAGCUUUCGCUUCAGUUACUACCUUGUUGCUGCCUCUUUUUUUUUCUGGGAACAGAAUAUUAUCGUCAAUGGGUUGAAUCAAUUUUUGUGGUUAUGACUUGCAAAUAGACAAUUUUCGUGAGGGCAACAUUUUUCAAUAAAUUGUCAGAUCUAGAAUUCCUUUGUUUUUAUUGUCUAAUUUUUUGAAUUUAGUAAAGUGGAAGCAUUAAUUAUUUUGUUAUUUAUUAAUUUUUAUUGUGCAUUCUUGUAUUUCUAGAGUACACAUAACAUAAACUAUAAAAAGAAAAAAAUAUAUUACUGCAAUAUUAUUGCAAUAUUAUUUUUGAAGCAGAACAUCUUAUGUGAGAGAAAUAUCUGUAUUAAAGUGAUAACAAAGAAAUGCAAUUAUUUCUAUUUUAUUUUUCAGUUGUUGUUAAGAACAUCUCCUGAUGAAGCUGAUAUUGACAGUUUAAAUCAGGUACAAAAAUAAAUUUUUGUCUAUAGAAUUUAUCAGUGAUAGCUGUUUAACCAAACCCAAAAUAUUGUAUUCUUAUUGACAGGCCCAGAGUGCUUUGAAACCCCUCCAGGCACAAAUGGAAAGAAUAGUUCAGUCCUCUGGAAGUCUUGCCAAGAAAAGAGAGUAAGUAUGAGAAAAUUCCAGUGUGUUACAAUCCUCCUGGGCAUUGAAGCACUCGUCGUAGCCAUCAUCAACUUUAAUUUCCUCCCUGAGUGUUUGUCCUUUUCUCUGGCCUCUCCUCCUUGCUUCCUUCAUAACUUUGUUUUUACACUAGCCCAACACUUGCUUUGUAUACAAACUUACAGUGUAACUCAAAAUAUUCCAUAGCUGUUUUAAGAAUUUUAGUUAAGCUUUCUACAUAUAUAUUUCAUAUUCUCUGCAUUUUAGAGACUUCAAGUUUGGCAGAGCUCAGAAGAGGAAGUCUGGGGCAUUCCGUUCAGCAGCAGUUCAGAUGAAUGAACUGCAGAGGAACAUCGAUGGUUGGGAGGUAGGUGAAGAGAUGGACACACUGCAUUGUAUAGUAACUUAUAGCUUUGUACUAAUCUGUAUGUAAAUCUUACGUCAAACUGUGGAAUAGUCAGCCACCCACUGUACCUACGAUUUGGUCAGUAAGCUAAGAAACUCAGAGGACUAGUGACUGCUAAAAACCAGCUACACUGUGGAAUUAAAUUUUUAAAAAAAAUACUUAUUAUUAUUAUUGAAGUUAAGAAAGACAGUUUCUUUUGUUUGAACUGCCAAACAUUUUUUUGGCAUUCCAUCAGUUCUAUUCUUAACCUGAAAAAUCCCGUAAAAAUUGAAAUAAUUACAAAAUGUAUACCUCCUAUCAACAGAUUGUGACUUUUCUGUCUUUAAUUAGUGACUGCUUCAGCCUGCCAUUCAUUCCACUUAAUAUGUAGGGUGAGACAAAAAUGAUGAAAAAUUUUGGUCAACCCUUCAGUUUUCUAGUUUGGAUCUUCUUGAAGCUUGCAAAAACUUCCAUAAUCUUUAAUGAUUUAAUUUUCUCUUUUGGCUGUAAAUUCUAAUAAUGUUGUAUUGUACUCACACAACAGAAAAAUCUAAGGGCCUCAGGCCAUCAAACAAUGUGUUUGGCAGUUCCUGGUUGAGGUGUUAAAGAUAAAGAGCUUAAAAUAAUAUCUCUACAUUAAUUUUGCUGUCUUUGGGUUUCUUGGUCGAAGGUUAAAAGUGCUUUUUUAUAAUAUUUAUAGGUAUAUUAUAUGGUUGCUUUUUAGGGAAGAGAUAUUUCACAAUCUUGUACAGAGGUGAUGAAAGGUAAGGUUGUUGGCAAAAUUUCACUUGCUCCGUUCUUUAAUUAAUAUUUAACUACUUUUUUGGCCCCAAUUUAUUAGAAAUACCCAAAUUUUUUAUGGAGCUGUAUUUCUCUGAGUAUACUCUCUGCUGCAAAGACUAAUACUGAAUUGUCAAUGAAAAGUUGGCAAUUCAGUUAAGUAGUUAAAAAUUGUUUUGGCUUUUAUUUUUGCAUUCCUUUUGUCUCAUAUUUAAGCCAGUGGAGUAAAAACUCCAGCCAAAAAAAGGAAUACGAAAAAAGAAAUUAAAAAUAAAAUAAAAUAAUAAUAAUACAAAUGUAGUAACUCCAAAGAUAAUAAUUCCAGGUAAGAAAAGAACAAUGCAAAAGUUUGCACUCCUUGGACUGGCUCAUACUGUAAUUAUCCUUAGGACAGUGAUGGAAGACUGAGGUCUCCCAUCAGGUCUUGACUGGACUUUGUUUCCCAGGGAAAACCCUUUGUUUUAUCAGAUAAUAAUAAUAAUAAUAAUAAUAAUAAUAAUAAUAAUAAUAAUAAUAAUAAUAAUAAUAAUAAUAAUAAUAAUAAUAAUAAUAAUAACAAAAAGUAACAAUAAUGAUAACUAUGAUAAGGAUAAUGAUAGUGAUAACCAUAACAUUGAUAAUGACAAUAAUAUUAUAACAAUAAGCUGGCAUUUUUUAGUUAAGUGACAAGCCCUUUUGGAGGCUGCAGUGUCAUAAGAUCCUACAGUUCAGUUGGUUCCUAUACCAAAGGCCGCAGCAUUAAUCAGGUCUCAUGAGUCAGUACAUGUAGGUCUGGUUUUACUUCAUAUAACUUUGUAACUUUCUGAUGAAUUUUCCCCAAACGUUGUGUGAACCUCAACAUCAUACUUUGUAGAUAAUUUGUUUUGGUGAUGAGCCCCUUCACAACUGUUUUUUUUUUGUCCUUAAAGGUUAAAAUCUUUUUUAGAUUUAAAUGGUGCAGGAUUGUAAUAUCUGGCUUAAAGAGCACCUCAGUUUUUGCAGAAAUAUGAAACAAUAAUAUUAAUAUGAGAAAUUAUUUCUCAUAUUAAUAUUAUAAUGUUUAUUAACGUUGUUAGUAUUAACCCUUUAAGCCGACAAAUCCCCUUACAUUUCAUUAAAGAAUUUGAUAAGAGAACUUGUUUAAAGACGAGAGCAUUUUUCCCUCAGGUGAUCAUUGAUUAAUUCCCAUUAUCUAAUCUCUUGAUUAUGUUUUGAUAUUGUACGGAGAAAAUAAAUGUUUAACUCUUGGGACUUGAAGUGUAAAUCAGUGUAUGAUGUACUUUUAUCUUUUCUCAAUGUAGAGGGACUUCUUGGCAAGAUCCAUCCCAAUAAGAAAGACACGGAGAGAUAUGUUUUUCUCCUUGAUGGGCUCUUAAUUUGUUGCAAGCAGGUAUUGUGCAGCCUUUUUUGGCUUUUGUUUCACUGCAAGAGUACUUAAGCCUUUUUCGGCUUUUCUUUCACGUGAUGAAAAAGAGCGUGUCCGAAGCUAGUAAGGCAGCUGCAUUGUAAGAACACUAGAUAUUGGUUUAAUUAAUGUUAUUAAACUAAAGAGUAAAAGUUUUAUAACCACCCAUCCUCCCUUUGUUUUACCUUGCUAUUGCACUGAUUUUUUUUUUCAUGGCUUGCAGAAUACUCGGCAUUCAUUAACAGGACCUUCCCCAGAGUACAGACUCAAAGAAAAGUACUUUUUGAGGAAAAUUGAAAUUAACAACCUUGAUGAUACAGAAGGUAAUAAAUAUAAAAUUUUCAAAAAUAAUUGUGUAAGAAUGAUAAUUAUUAUCAUUCAGAGCAGUUUCUUAGCAUUGGCUUACUCAAUUUGACAUAAAGAUGAUGAUUUUGUUCUGACACAGUGCACCCAACUUAACCUUCCAAGUCAAAAUUGCUCCUUUUGGAGGUGCUCCUAAAGGGAGGUGGUGGGGCUUCUAUGUCCCUAUAGUUUGAAUUUAAAAUCCUAUCAUUUCAUUUUCAACCCAUCUAUGUGUCAUUUGUUGUCAUUUCAGCUGACCUCUAUGUUCCUGGUCCAAGGCCAUGUCGCUUGUCAGUAUUUUACCUAUAUUUACAAUAACUGAAUUAUACCUCGCAUGACGAUUGGCUAAUUUUUAUUAUCAAUAAGAGGACAGACACAUAGAAUUUUCAUUUAUGCAAUUUACGCCUAUAAGACCGACCUUUCGGUUUGAUUGUACACAGCUCAUAUAGCGGAAUGGCUUUCAGAACAACAAACAGGACAAGAACUGACGUAAACAACUGGCCGUACACGAUUUCUGUUCGUACUGAUCAGUUAGCAACUCUUCAAAACUGCCAGGCUAGUUUGAUCUACAGACAGCUCAACCGAACAUUGCUUUUGGCUUAUUGUUCAGUUACUUUAACGGCUCCAAAAUCUUUCCCUGGAAUAAUAUUUAACCUUGGGCUAGUUUACGACAUUAUACAGUCCAAAAAUGCUUCCGUUUUUCGAGACAAUAAACACCUCUGAUCUCAUUCUUGUUUGAAGUUUGCAAAACAAUAAUUUAAUUCCUAAUUUAUGCAGGGCAGUGGUGUGACUCAACCUGUCAAAUUUUUAGCCAAUGAAACUCCAUUACUUGUCAUCGCCAAGUGAGAAAAGUUAUUGACACUAGCAUUGCGCCUUAAAAAAGUCAUGAAUUUUCUAGUGUUUUCCUCAUUUUUACCAGCAAUAUUUCACUUUUUCGAGCUUUUGUUGUUGAAAAAACAAAUUGAUGCCAGUUUUUUAUCAUCUGUUCUCUUAUUGAUGAUGAAAUGACAUCAUAACAUUGCUAAAGUUUGUUGUGGAUCCACUCGCCCGUGGCAACAGUUUAACGAUGUUAUGACGUCAUUUUAUCAUAAGGACAGACAAUAGGGAGUUUAAGAUGCCACUACGGCGACGGCAACGAGAACGUCAAAAAACAAUUGGUUAAGAUUAGCAAAACAGCAACUAUGCACGUGCAUCACGCUUUUUUGUAAAUUUCUCUGCCGUCACUGCACGAUUACGACGUGAAUUGCCUAAUUUCACGUUUUAUCGACAACGUGAACUUACGACGACGAAUCUCUCUUACUCUUUGUAAACCUGGAUAUUUUUCUUAAGAAUUCAACUCCAGGAGAGUUCGCCUACAUAAGACAUAGUGACCGAGUUGGGAUAAUUACGCUAAAGUUUCAUAGAUCGAGAAGUCACUUUUUAAGCGACGUUUUUGCCUCUGUCGCCGUCGUGGUAUCUUAAACUCGCUAAUAAAAAACUGGCGUCAAUUUGUUAAUUUGGAUAUGCUUGCAACAGACUUGACUAUAAUUUUUUUUAUGGUGGUGGUUGCUAAUUCAAGGGUAGGGGUGACACCACGGGUAGGACAGGCCGUCACCCUCACCUUUGGUCUAGCUCUCUCUCACCCUUUUUGGAAAUGCCACAGCAUGGUCAUUUCUGUUACAUGCAUGUUGUAGUAAUAGCUUUGGAAAUUGUUUUUUUCCCCAACAGAUGUAAAGAAUGCAUUUGAGAUAGUUGAUCGAGAGCAGCCUAAAGCCGUCUUCACCUGUAAGACAGAAGAAGAGAAAAAUGAAUGGAUGUCAGGUUUAAUGACAAUCUACAUGAGAAGGUAAGAAGUAAGUUAAGUAACAUUCCAAGAACAUCAGCAAGGUCAUGAAGCAGGUGAUGAACUUGAAGUACCACCACCCCCCCCCCCCCCCCCCGGAAGGGGGCCCAACCCCAAAAAAGUGACCUCGGGCGCCGUUUUUUUAUGCCCCCCCAAAUUAAAGCCCCCCCAAAGUGUUUUUCCUUCUAUAUAUAAACACAAAAAAUAAACCUCAAUUAUAUUUUUCAAAAUACCCCCCCCCCCCCCCCCCCCCUACUGGACAGGAUGCCUAACCAUAAAAGUGUGACCUGGGGCUCAUUUCUUUAGUGACCCAGUAAUUAAAGCUCCCAGAAAGCUGUUUUCCUAUAGCUAUGUAAACACAAGAUUGAGCUUUCAAUAGCUUUGCUGCUAAUAUGGUGAAAUAAUCAAUCGAACAAAACAAACUGGACAGGUUUGUUAUCCUUGGACCUGUGCUUUUGUUCUUAAUAGUAACAUGAUAACAAUAAAAAUAGCAACAACAACAACGAGAGUGCCACCCUCCCUCACUUGCAGCCAAUGGCUGAAUUGUGGAGGAACCAGAGAGGUGAGAUCAGACAUCAUCAUGUAAAGGUGCACUAUGCUGCCACUUCCGUGUUUGAUCUCACCUCACCCACCCAGACCAAUGACAGCACAAGUCACAUAGACCACGACAGCGGGGCCUACGUCCCCUACUCUUUUUGAACAAUGUCGUGUGUUCUUUUAUGUCCCCCUCCAAAUGAUGUGUAAGGAUGAACAAGACAGACGGCUUAACUUCACCACUUAAUGACGCGAUCAUCUGAACUGAGAAAAGGGUUUUAGUCACAGCUAUGUACGAUCUCACCAGAUUUUUUAAGACCUGUGGUUGAUGGUCUGGCCGGAGUUUUAACUCCUGCUCAGUAGACCAGCACUCUUUCACCUGAGCUAACCAUGCGCCGGUGUUCUUUUGAUUUUGAUUUUGAAAAUUUACCAAGACUUUUGAGAAGUGGGUCCCUGGCAGGGGUACCACAUCCACUACUUCCCUCCACAAUCAGCCAUUAUGAAGCAACGUGUCUUGUGUAAUGAAGGAAUAUAAUAUUUGAAACCAAGCCUGUAAGGAAGUUUCUUCAGUGAGAGCUUAAAGAUGUGUUAGGAGAUCUUAUCCAGUGGAGCGUUCUUUUAGGGAAUGUCCCAAGUUUUAGAACACUGUGAAUCCUCUAUAAAACUCCCCGCCCCCACCCCCUGGGAGCUCAUCUAUUUCAAGCACUUUUGAAGAGAGCUUAUAUAAUGUAGCGAAAUGGUGUGCUAUAUACUGCUUUUAAUCAAACAACCUGAAGAGGAUAUCGAUUUUUCAUAAAGAACUUAAUGCAGAGUGGCAAACCCAAGCAAAUGAAGUUGGACUUCAUGCCGCCGAAGAUCAAAAACAAAUUCGAACUUCCAGCGCGUGAAUAAACCAUACUGCAACAGUUGACAUGAAGUGUUUUUAAGUUAUGAUUAAUUAAUACAGUCUCGCAUUGACUGAUUUGAUUGUGAAAAAUAAAGGGGAAUAGGGUGGGAGGUGCUUAAAAGAAACGUACGGCUUAAUAACGUUCUUCCUCUGAAAUGGAGGGAGGUUAUUAAAGAUGGGGGGCUUAAUAGGGGAUUUACGGUAGUUCUGUACUGAAAGGUCCUCAAGUGGAAUUUAAUGAAGUGAUGGACCUCAUUGUAAAUGGUUUUUAGUGAAUAGCCCUGUCUUAAAGUAAGGGUCUUGCAUCAAGAACUGUCAAAAGUCUUGUAGUGAAGGGCUGUGUAGUGAUUCACUUCUCUUUUGUCUCUCAACAGCACAUUAGACCGGAUGCUUGAUCAUCUGCUGUUAGAAGAAGAAAAGGCGAUACCUCUUAGAAUGCCAAGCCCCGAAGAAUACUGGUCAGUGAAUUCUAUAUAUAACAUUAUCAAUAGUUUAUCGUACACUAGGGGAGUUGGUAAGGGCAUACACAUGAUGGCUCUGGGGGUAGGGUGGGAUUGACAGGGCAUGGACAGGAUUAGCGGGAGAAAAGCGUUUGAGAAGUUUGGAAUUUUGAGUAGUGUAAUAAACAUGCUCGAUUGUUUAAAGUGAGGGGAGUAAUAAUUUGGACCUAUAUCUUAUAACCAUCUGUAUUAUUUUUAUUUUCAGUUUUGCUGUAGAGGACGCUGAAGAUAAUAUUGUUUUUGAAGAAGGACAAGGGGUAAGAAAAAAAAACAUUUUUGUUCAAGAUUUAGGAUUUUAGUAGAACCAGGAAAAUUUUAUGGAGUUGAUCAUCAGCAGUGUGUUCUUGUAAACAAAUGUAAUUUUAUUUGUCUGUCCUUCAUUUCAAAGAGCCUUAGCAAUGCCCCAGUUAUCAAAGGUGGAACACUGAUCAAGCUGAUUGAGAGACUGACCAAUCACAAAUAUGCAGGUUAGUUUAAGCACAGGUAGUCCAAGCUCGAAAUAUAAGCAUCGCCGAACAUCGGUACUGUUGCAUAACAUUGGAAAUAUAAGGAUUUUAUGGGGAAAAAACCUAUCGUUUCCGUAACCUACGAAAAUGAAAGGAUAUCAAUGAAAUACAGCUUAACGUACAUAAAAUGUGUGUCACAUCUCUCCUGUUUGGUCCAUGGGCCGAUUUAUAAGAGAGAAAACCGUUUACAGUACAACCCAUAAAACGGCCAUAAAUCCGCCUAUGGAGCACGCAGGAGAGACGUAACACACACUUUUUGUAAGGUAAGCUUUUUUUUUAAAUUGAAAUCCUUUCAUUUUCGUAGAUUACGGAAACGAUAGGUUUUUUCCCCAUACAAAUCCUUAUAUUACCAAUGUUGCGCAACAAUGCCGAUGUUCGCCGAUGCUCAUAUUUCGAGCUUGAUCUACCUGUGGUUCUAGCCUGCAUCGCAGACGUAAUCUAACCCCGGUUAGUAAGGUCUGUGAAGCAGCGCCAAUACCGUUGUUCUGGGCCCCUAAAGGACUCAACGAAUAGUCCAUUUUCGAGUUCGCUAUGACCGCUGAAUUAAAGAAGUGAAGACGCAUUUUUUACAGCCUUAGCCUCAAUCUGAAGUAACAUAUUCACAAAUUCCAACGAGAAAAAGACCUCUUUAUUACUCUGUCUAUUGUGUAUACAGCUAUUUCGAGAAAGGUUGUCGGAAAAAAUGUGCACGCGACAAUCCCGAAAGGUAAUAUAGGAUAUGAUCAAUACACUGUUCCUGACACGGUAGCUGUCGAACCUACUUUUGUUGCUUUCUUUUAGCACUCGCAAACAUAUGUCCAUGGCCUCUCGUGUCAUUCUUUUCAAACUUCUUUGAAAAACGGUGAAUUAAAAACCAGCCACAGUACCUUUCGAGAUUGUCGCGUGCACAACCUUUCUCGAAAUAGCUGUAUUCAAAUUUCAAACACUUACUUGCCAGAAUUUCUGAAUAUUUUACUUUACGUCGAGGCUAACCCUGUAUGAAUGUGUCGUUAAUGUUUACAUUCAGCGGUAAUUUUUAAUUCAAAACUGGACUAUUACAAAAAAUGUGUUUCGAACUUAAUUUCGACCUGACUAACAAAUCGACAAUGGGAUUUUUAACCAUUAGGCCUGGGCAAUUUUAACCAAUAGGCCUUUCCCUUUACUGCAGCUUUUGGCUGCGUCCAAGUUAGCGAAAAUCAGUCAACAUGGCCGGAAAGAACGGCUAAAAAUCAGUCGAGUUGCCAAGUUUGAAAGUGAUUUGUUUUGAAAUGAACGAAGAUAUAUAUCUGCAAAGUCGCGGAAUUUUACAGUCGUUUGUUUGGCGGGGGCAAGUUCACGACUUUGGUCGUAUUAUCUUUAAACUUGCUAAGUUACCUCUUUUUAACGCCCUCUCUCCACCAGUCUCUAUGGAUAUUCGCUUCGCUUACUGCUCUUUUUUUUUAUCAAAAGUUGUAAAAAAAAAGCGUGGAAUGGUCUGGUGGUAAAGGAUUUAACGGAGCCAAAACCAAUUGUGGAAUCGUACGCAUUUAAGGCAUUCGACUGAUGAACGGUUAGGACAGUUUUGAAGAUGGAGCAAUAGUUUAUUUCUAUCCCCUCUCAAUUAUGCAAUUAUCUUUUGAUUGUUUGUUUAUUUUGUCAGGUAACCCUUUUCCACUUUUUUUUCUUUUCUAUUCACAGAUCCAACGUUUGUGAGGACAUUUCUUACCACGUACAGAUCCUUCUGUAAACCAAGGGAACUUUUAGAUUAUUUAAUUAAGAGAUAUCCUUUUCUAUGUGAAACUACUAAUUGUUUAAUUUAAAUUGCUGAAAGAACAGAAAACAGCCCUCCUACCAACAAUCCUUUAUCCUUUGUAACUGUAUGAUCUUGUUUUUUUUUUUCUUUUUCUUCUUCUUUUUGAUACAGUCUUUGAUUUGCGUAGGGUAUUUAACAGGUUUUUGUGAAUCUGUUGCAAAGACGUACAUGUAUUUGGAUGAAACACUUUUUGAACUUGAUAGUUCUCACAGGAAUAGAAGUUUUUAGUAAAAGUUCUCAGAAUAUUGUGGUAGUUGAAUAAGGAUCAUAUUUCCAAAUUUCCUUCACUUUAGUUAUUUUUCAAUAUUUUUUCUUCAUAAAGAAUAAGUGAGUGAAAUGAAGAUAGGUCCUUAACUGUGCAUUACAUUUGAAAUCCCCGAACCUCCUCCUAGCGAGCUUGACAAACUAGCCAUGGCCCGGGGGGAGCCUGUUGUCCGAGAGGAUCUCAAGAGAUUUAGAAAAGAAUACGCACAACCUGUGCAACUCAGGUGAGGUAGCGGGAUUAGAUUGAUAUACUCUGCUACAGCUUGGAUGGUACUACAAUAGAAACGGGCAACGGGGAAAUGAUCCAUGCUUUAGUGACAUCUCUGUAGCUGUGCGAUAUUUCUUCCAAAGUGACCCUUAGUUUUUCAGUCUUAUGUGUAAAAGUGUGAUCACGAGGGUACGUUACGCGUAAUGGGGAAAAAAAGUAAGGGCAUCUCUAGACUUAAAGUAGACAGCUUCACGUUUAAAUCUGAACGCGCUACAUCGUUUUGAUUAUAUGCGACAUCUGAAGACGUUUUGUGAUCGCCAGGGGAUUUAAAACAAGGACAUAUCUAGGUCUUCCACUUUAGAUGACCAGCUGUACGAUAAAUCCGGACGCUCUACACUUUUUAGACGUGCGACACCUGGCCUCAGUUGGUCAAAAUGUGGAUAGUGCUGUCCAGCUGAUAAAUUCUAGCCAGUGGAUAAUGUAAUUGGUUGUCCUAACACUUAUCCCCUGGGGUGAUUUAUCUAGUGGAUAGCGUUACCCACCGUUUCAACAAUGGGCGUGAAGGUAUGCGGUAGAAUUAAGCUGCUAUUUUGUCCCUCACAGAUGACGAACUGAGAUCCCAGAAGCAAAGCUGAAUGAUGGUAGUCUGUUGAACUCAGAUCAUGAUAAGAAAUGCCCCGCAAAAAUGUCCAUUUCGUCUUAAGUUUGGACGUUUAUGUCGGUGUUCUGCAAGAGACCCUGACCUAGUGGUUCGAAGGCCGAUUAGCGUUUAACCCAGGGUUAAAUUUAACCCGGGUUUCUUUUCCUUUUGUUAAAAAGCAUUUUCUCGGAUAGUUUUCUCUGUUAUUUUUAAGAGCAUUCAAUCAUCAACUUCUUGAUAAAAAGAAUUAAACUGAAUUUACUUUUCAAGCUUUGUUAUUUGAAUUCAAAUUUCGCACUAACCCUAGGUUAUCUUAACUCAGCUUUGAACAACCCGGCCCUACAUUUGAUUAUUAUUUUGGCUUUGCCUUUUUUAAACUAGAGUUCUGAACGUUAUUCGUCACUGGGUGGAUAAUCAUUGCUAUGAUUUUGAGCGUGAUGCUGAGUUAUUAGACAAACUUAAUUUGUUCCUGGAAGGCGUCAAAGGCAAAGCUAUGAGACGCUGGGUCGAGUCCAUUAACAAAGUGAUCAUUAGAAAGGUAAGUGAUGUAGACAUUGAUUUACAAACUAUUAGAGCGUUUCACUCACGUGACCAGCACCUAUGCAAGUUUAUUCGGACAAAACAAAGCGUUUACAUAAGAAAAGAGUACAACUCCCAGAAGACUUGUUUGGGACACCAACAUGGCCGCCAUUUCGUUGUAUUUUUCCGAUCCCCGCAGGGGGCGAGGAAAAAUACGAGUAAUGGGCGAAAUGUCCGCUCGUAUUAUAUGCUAAACCAUCGAAUAAGAGGUUUAUUAUUCCACUACAAAAAAGAAUUGUUAUUUUGCAAUUGGCUUCCAUUGUUUUUGGUAAGAGUAUUUAGAAACAUCCUGAUUCCGUCUGUGAGAAUGACGUUAACAACGAGCAAAAUGUGUGAAAGGUUUGAACCCAGGAGUCAUUUCAAAAGUAGGUUGUGUUUGAUCGUCGGGGUGAACGUAGUCCUGACUAGGACUGUUGUUGACAGUGACUACAGUCCCCUGAGUCCUAUUCAGGACCACGUUCACCCGGACGAUCAAACACAACCUACUUUUGAAAUGAGCUAAAUGUUCGCGCGUAUUAUAUGCCAAACCAUGGAAUGACAGGUUAAUUAUUUUAAUGCAAAAGAAAAAUGUUAUGUUAGCUUCUAUUUUCUAGUAAGAGUAUCCAAAACAUCCUGAUUCGGUCGGUCAUAGUUGCUCCUUUUUUCUUAAUUUGCAUCCGCCGGUAUUCACCCUGUUGUAUUACGGCCGCGUAUUCUGCCCGUUCUCCUGACUUUAUAUGGUAAAAUGACAUAAUAGUGGAAUAAUAAUCCUAAAUAUCUCUGGGAUAAUCGAGUCAGAUAUGGAUGUAACUUUUUUACUCUACAUGAUGUCUCAGCCUUUGUUUUUAACCCUUUAAGUCCCAAUGGUGACCAACAUCAAUUUUCUCCUAACAAUAUCCAUAUGUUGCCAAGAGAAAUGGUUAUGAGAGUUAAUACACUGAUCAUGAUGAUCAAGAGAAAAUACUUUGAUCUGUUAUCAAACUCUCUCAACUAAUUCUUUAAAGAAAUGUAUGAAGAUCAGUAUGGAGAAUUUAUAUGUGGAUAUCGGGGCUUAAAGGGUUAAGAAAGCGACUACUUAAUCAUUCUUAGUAAUAUGUCGUUUGCUUUCCAGACAACUUCCUACAACGACACUUUAGCUCCAGAAAUUACAUUUGAGAAAGAACCGCCCCCAAUUGAAUGGCACUUGGCAGCGUGUAACGACAUGGACUUUUUCAACAUCUUGACGGUGAGUCGAUUUUUUUCAUUUCCGAGUUGCCCCAAGCCUCGGUUUCAAAGCAAGGCUUAGUGCGAAGCAGUGGGCCAUUUCUGAGUUGCCCCAAGCCUUAGUUUGAAAACGAGGCUAAAUGCGAAUCCAAUGAUAUGAAAAUGAUUUUUUAUUCUCAUGCAAAUAAAACUCAUUUUCACCACGUUUUAGAAGUAAGAGUUUUUAGAACGCGAAAAUGGCGUGCUACACUGUCACAGGACUAAAUGCAACGUAGUUUUACACUGAAGUUCAGUGUUUUUUCUUUUGUGACCAGCAUAAACCUGUAGACCUAAAUCUGUUGUUCUUAACAUUGUUUUUAGCUGCAUCCAAUUGAGAUUGCUCGGCAGUUAACGCUUAUUGAAUCUGAGCUGUACAGGUAAUAUUCCUACUUUAACUUAGCAGCGCCACGCCUUUGAAUCACGUAUUUUACCGAACGCCGACGUGGAACGAAGUAUAGAACAACCUUCCGUUUGUCUUUAUUUCCUGGUGGUUUUCGACACCAAGUCGCGUAUCCUAAAGAGUAAAGAUAUACAUCAAUCCGUUGCAUCUUAUAAACAUGACUAGAAAUGUUCCACUCUGUGAUAAAAUUAUGCCAGUGUAAUGUUUAUUGUAGUCUCCCUCGCAGCUGUUUUUCUCGUCACGUACUACGGCUGCGUGGUGGACUAGGUUAAUUGUUGAACAAGAAUGCUCUUAAAAGGGCAAGUCUCGCUUACUUGGAGAUUAGAUAAGAAGUAAGGAGGCGAUUAAUUCUACACGAAAGAGGAUUUCCUCGCUAAAAGUUUUUCACGUCCUACUUUGUCGAAGGUCGAGUAUUCUUCAGGAUGUCUAUUUUUCAUAUCGUAUUGGUUGAUUUGUUUAUGAAUUGAUUGAGUACCCGUGUAUAAAUUCACGAAAAUCAAGGGCCUCAAUUCGUCAGAAAUUACAUCAUUGCUGAAGAACGAAAACGUGAUGAACAUGAAUAACCAUUGCCGAAAAAAACCGCAUGCACAUCACAAGACUCAUUUGCAUACAAUGAAAGUUUAUAAAACCCGACCAGUUAGCCUAACCAUCGACGUUUUGCUGCUAAAGCAAGCGAGACUACUAAAGUAAACUGAAUGCAGUAUUAGAUACUGAAAGUAUCCCUUGCGAAGAAUCUGAAUCUUAUGCUGCUAUUUUUCUUGCUUUAUUUCUCAGGGCGGUGCGUCCCUCGGAGCUGGUAGGAAGUGUCUGGACGAAAGAAGACAUCAAACAUUUGACGUCGCCGAAUCUUUUAAAGAUGAUUCAUCACACCAAUAAAAUCACUGUGUGGUUUGAGAAGAGCAUGUUGGAGUUUCCAAACUUAGAAGAAAGAGUAGCAGUAUUAAAUAGACUUAUGGAUAUUCUAACAGUGAGUAUGGCAGUUUCCUUGCUAAUGGAGAUAAUUCAAGCUUUUUUUCUCAUGGCCUCAUCUGGCCUUCUCUUUUUGCUGCUUAAGGGCCUUCCAGAUUUUGGGGUCGGGGGGGCAUGUUCCCUUGUUCCUUUUAAUAAUCACUUAGUCAGCAAGUGUCAUGGCGUAGCAUCGUAAUGACAGUCACUUCUGAUCAAUGGUGUUACCUCACCUGCUCUUUUGUAAAGAACAAAUUGACUUCCACUCUCGGCUCACCGGUAACCAAAUCCAAACAACUACUGCGAGUGACGAGAGCAAAAAUGUGAGUCGUUAAGGGUCUGCUUGUAACGUUUAUGGAAAGACUUUUCUUUGAAGCUGAAAAAUCAAUGUUCUCCUGUUCCAAAAAGGUUUUUUUCUUUGUUCCCGAAAAGUGAAUGGUCAUGCUGCCUUGCCACCCAAAAUCCCUGGGAGGCCCUCUGUCUGGUGUCGUUGUGAUGUGUUUAUUAGCACUUGGGGACCCUGCAAGUAUAGAGAAGGCAGGUUUCUCGAAGAAAUCUAUUGCUAAGAUGGUUGUUCUUUAAUUUGAAAUAAUUCUCGUUUGGCUACUGCCCCGAAGCGAGUUCGUUCUAUUAUAAACUAAGCUUAUGUUAUCUCUUCUGAAUCGAGUUAAUACAACUGUUAUAGUACAAAUCGGUUGAAGAUUGGUUUCGAUUUGAAUUCUUUUUAAAACUAAAACCAAAGUAUUAACUCUAGCUAAUCACAACAUGGUCUUGCAAACAAAUUAACCAAUCAGAUGUCAAAGCAAAUCCAGUGUAGCCGUCUCCAAGCGCGGGAAAAGUCGCAAUUGGUAUAGGUUAACUUCUGAUUGUUUGAGAAGGUGGCGCGAGAUCUUCUGGCCAAUCACAAACAGUAGAGCAAUCACGGAUUACUUUUAAUACUUGAUUGAAAGCCGGUCUGGACAGUGAAAUUUAAACUUAAUUAUUUUGUUCAGUGAGUUCUGAAACUGUUUUAAUUACUUCCAGGUUUUUCAAGAAUUAAACAAUUUCAAUGGAAUUUUAGAAGUAGUUAGUGCAAUUAAUUCAUCGCCAAUUUUCCGACUGCAGCACACUUUUGCGGUAAGUCUUAAAUGGCUUGUUUUUUGUAUUUUAUUGUAUUGUAUUGUUUUCGUUUUUGUUUUUUUGAAUUUCUGUAGCGAAAUGUUGUUUUACCGUUCUCUUUCACAAGCGAUCGAAAUUAUCUUCGUUGUGUUAAGUUUAUUUUUAUUAUAGUUUAUUGCGCCUUCUUAAGUACAAUGCAUUAUGUAGUCAAAUUAAGCAUACCCGUUUUGCGCGGAUACACUUGCAAUUUUCGUCUUGUUGAUUGGCUGUGUAACUUGCGAAACCAACAAAAAUAUUUCCGAUGGGCUCUCUAAAUUUGCCAGCUGCUACUGUUGCGAAACAAGAAUUUGUUUCUGUAAGAAAUCUUACAUCUUUGGUACUGUCGAACGAAUGUUCCCCCUAAAGAUGUGCUAAUAAAGAGGGACAGUUACGAAACGUUUCGGCAACCUUUUUCUUGUCCUAGGUAUCAUUAUUACAUAAAAAAGUAAUUUAAUGGAAUAUUUAGUUUGUCUUUUUAUGACGUGCAAAGGUUAAUUAACGUCAGUCUCAGAGUCAGGUUGAUAUGCAAGCAUGGGACCAUCGAAGUUGCCUAGUCCAUGCAAAAAAAAUUAAAGAGGAAAACAAUUUAAUUUCAGGGAACAAAACUGAGGAUCGCAAUUCUUACCUUCUAUUUCCGUACAUAUUUUGCAGGAGUUGUCAGUCAGACGGAGCCAAACACUGGAAGAGGCAAAAGAACUCAGCCAAGAUCAUUACAAGAAGUACAUCGAGAAAUUACGAUCCAUUAAUCCGCCAUGUGUCCCCUUCUUCGGUACGUAAUAACAGAGAAACUCAUAAUUAUACCUGCUAGACAUUCUGGUGCACUCAAGUGCUAAUGGGAUUGUUGAAAGACAGUAUAUUAGCUACGUGAAGUCAUGAUGGCGUAGUAGUUACUUAACUGACAUCUAUAUCACUGAAUACUUUUUAGCUUGUACUCCCAUGGUAUACGCUUUUGCUCAAAUGUGUAAUUUGCUGUCUCUUCCAGGCAUGUACUUAACAAAUAUUCUCAAGACAGAAGAAGGCAAUCCUGAUUUUCUGCCCAAUUAUCCUAAGGGAAUCAUCAACUUUAGUAAAAGGUGCGAGAAUUUUUUUAUUGUGGUCUGUCCACCAAAGAAUGUUUGUCAAAAGUCAAGCAAAACGAAUUAUCCUUACUUCGCUUGAGGACAAUAGGCGUUGUCCGAAUUAGAAGGAUAUUCCACAUUCGGACGAACCUUUGAGGACGUAAUUUCUUCAAGCUCUCGGCGGAGAAAAGUCAAGGAUUAUAUAUCGAGAAUGGGAAAAUUGAAAAAUGUAAGAAGCUGGAGGAAUUAUUUCAGGUCACUGUUAUCUUAACGAUUUCUGUCAUUAAUACGAACUAUCGCUUUCCAGAAUUAUAUGGGUUUCAAGCUUUACACAUUCAUAAAAAAAGCAGCGAAAGUAGAAAGGAGAUCUGUAAGAGGAGAAUAGAUGCCGCCACUGUACGUUACAUUUUGUAUUUAUUUGGUCAGGGAUAUUUUAUUUUUAUCAGGGAAAAGUCAAGGAAUUUUGAAACCGAUAUCUUCGGCAAAUGGCAAAGCAAUUGCUUUGACCAAUUCAGGUAAUCAAAUGAACCGAUCAAAUCUCACAGCGGAUCCAGUGUAGCUUCCAAGCGCGAGAAAAUGCUUCUCUUGAGAAAAGGGCGGGAGAUUUGCAGCCAAUAGGCUGUUUGGGAGUUCCGGAAACUCUCACUUUCAAAACGAGGCUAAGAGCAAAACCAUUCUUGUGAAAAUGACUUUCAGUUGCAUAGCCUCGCUUUGAAGUAGAGGCUUGGAGCUACUCGGAAAUGGCCUAUUACAAACGCAAAAUCAAGAAACUAAGACUAUUGCGAGAUUACUUUUUAACCUAAUCUGAUACUAGUCUUGUUUAUGUCAAAGCCUGAAGGGUUGAGUUGUUUUUUUAUGUGUAGCUUUUCAUGACGCAGUAGUUUCAUUAACGUUUCUGCUUUUAUCAACAGGAGAAAGGUAGCUGAAAUUACUGGAGAAAUUCAGCAGUAUCAAAAUCAGCCCUACUGUCUUCAGAAAGAGGAGUUUAUCGCGGUAAGAGUUGAGGUGCAAUUUAAUUUUAUAUGCAGUUGCUUGCCUCUUGCGAGAAAAUCUGAGUUAUGUUAACAUCCUUUCAGCAAGUUCAGAGCAAAUAAGUGAGCAGUAAUUUCCUGUGGUACUUGUUUUUUAUGCUAUACAGGAUGGUUGUGACUUUUGAGUCUGUAGAUGUUAAUGUAGGCUUGCGACUAUGUCUAUGAUAGAUUUUGCGAGGUAAUAAAGCGAUUUUCGUAUGACCUUGAAAUGAAAACGCGCAAACAAAACAGAAACAACGUACAAAAGAACGGAAAUAGAGCGAUUUUAUUGGUUUCUCGAACGGAUACAAACGCGCGUGGCUUUGGUUGGUUAAGAGAAAGCUCGGGUGAAAAAACUUCAUGCCUUUAGAACUUUCUAGAAAUCAUCCGUUACCUCGCUUUCACGUCAUGCUGCAACACGAUUGGCCAGUCGAACCAUGCCUUCUCCAUAUUAGGGUUUUUUUUUCUUUAGCGGGAAAACGAAGAGGCCAUGUUUUGAUCUUUUCAUCCAUUGGCUGUUGAAACAAAUAACGAACACUUACCGAAACCAUUUUUCGCGGUCAUACGAAAAUCGCUCUAUAUGUAAAUGUAAAUGUAAUCCUCAAGUGUGACCAUUCAAAUAAAGCCCACUUCCUGUGGUACUGUUUUUUACGUUGUACAAGGUGGUUCUAACUUUUAGGCUCAUCUCCGGUGUAAGUUAGUUUAGUACUCACAGCUGACGUAAAACAAAGAAAACAAAACGUCCUUUACAAUGAACCUAACCCUGACAAUAGUUCAUAAAACAAGGAAAACGAAUAAAUUAAUUACACCGGGGAUGACCCAACCUUUAAGUCUGUUGAAAAAAUUGUAAAAUUAACGUCUGAAAUGUAAUUGCACCUUUUGCGAUAUAUCUUACUCCAAAAUGACGGCGCUAUUACUUUUCUUUAAUAUUUGUGUUAAUUUAGUCCCUCUUUCCUUGAUUGCAUCUGCAGAACUUAUAGAACGUUUACCUUGAAACGAGACAUUGAGGGUCCUUUGUCUUCUGCAGAGGUCACUUUGUGUCGUAGGGAGACUGGGGAGUGGGAAAAAGAUAGCGCGCGACGGUCGCGCGGCGAUUUUCGAUUUUUUUUCUUUUUAUGAGGUAAUCAGCGGGACCCAAUACGGAGGAGAAAGUUGAGGGUCAGUUAUCACGUAGACUGCUGAUAAAAGAGCAAAUAACUUUACCAUUAGUUUGCAAUGAGAUGUAUUAAAAGCCGUUGUUAUUUACGGUUUUAACUCAUUCAAUCUGUAGUGUUCAUACUUGUGAGUGUUUUCUUUCGUAGGAGUAUCUAGAGACGCUUGAUCCAUUUGAAGGACGAACUGACACUGAAAUGGAAGACUAUUUGUACCAACUUUCUCUAGAUAUUGAGCCUCGAAACUGUGAAAAGUUGGUAAAGCAUGUAAGUCGAGAACCAUUGAACGAACUCAUGCAAACCUGGCGUGCGUCUCUCAAAACUCCCAAUAACAUUUUCGUCCCGAAAACUAUUUGUGCACAAAGUUCAUUUGCACGAAUGUGAUUUUUGGAAAAUUUUGUAAGCUAUACAAAUCAAGAAGUAUGUUGUUCUACUUUGCACAAAAGCUCUAUAUGAUCGUUAAGAAAUGGAUGAUAAAAAACACUUUCCGAGCCGCUAAACUCCCCAGGAGUUUUGAGAUAUACACGCCUGGCACGUGAACGCUAACAGUCAUGUCAUGCACUGUCGUCACGAGAUCACGCAAAGAACACUUGCGUAGGAGACUAGAAACUAUCGCGUUAAACGUUGGAUAAUGGGCCAGUUUUGAAGGUCUGUAGAUUAACAUUAGUAGUGCUUGUUCCUAAUUAAGGACGGAUGAGGGUGACAAAGUCAUUUGUAAUUCUGGAAACGUUCUAUGUCACUUUGUAAGCUCCAAUAUGCCUACGCAGUGUGCCGUUAAAUGACAGCAGGCUCGUCGAAUUGUUUCUAAAUCGUUUUGUAUACCAGUCUAGUGUUGAAAGCCCAACGUCAUGCCUUUUAGUGUCCAUGCUUGCAUAUUUCUACUGAACAGGGUGACCGAAAUUUGCUUUUGAUGAAAAGCACGUGUACCCCACUACAGCAUUUUGAUGGUACGCUAUUUUCACUGGUAUUUGUUUUUUCACAGCCUCGAAAAACAGAAUAUUCACUGAGGUCACCUGGAACCAAGCCCUCAUACCUUCAGUCUCGACUCUCCAUCACCUCACAAACAACAUUAAGAAGAAGUCCAUCACAAGCAUCGUCCAUCUACCUACCCGAUAGUGACAUGUUCCCGUCAACUGUUUCGUUAUCGCCGAGCACUCCACGAACUCCUCAAUCGAUGUCGUCCUUCCUCCCUUCGGAGACUGUCCCAGAAACAAUUCCCGAGACUCCAAUGUUGGAGGAUACGGAACCAGAUUACGUCAACAUCGAGCACUUUCCGGAAAAAGAGCCGCCUCCUCCGCAUUUACCCCCAAGGAAGCCUCGAUCAGCUUCGGCAAACGGUCCAGUGAGACCAACUGAAAACGUCUCUUCUGUUCGACGGCAAAUGUCCCUUAGUAGUGUUCCCCGGAUACCACCGAGGGCAACGACAUUAGAAAGGUUCCCUCACCUUGCUGAUGACAACGAGGCUGCACCCCCAAUUCCCCCAAGGGAGCCAAGUAGGGGAACCCGACGAUCCCCUCCUCCCAUCCCCCCUAGAAUGCCCCCAGGGAAUGAGCCAAUGACAAGAGAUACGGAAAUGUCCAACCAAGAAGACUCUGUUCCGCCGGCUUUGCCGCCAAAAUCAAGACGUUCGUGAAAAUUGGGAGAUGUUGUGACAUGUAGUACGUGACAUGUCCCGUCUGAUUUGAUUUCUCUUCUCUGGAGUGACACUUAGGGAGCAGUUUGUUUCAAAUUGAUUACGUUAGUGGGCAAUAAUAUAGUUAAUCCCAAGGAUUUAUUGCCAAUGUCCCUACAGGAGUUGAAUUAUGUGUAUCAUUAAAUGAGGAUGUUUUCUUUUUCUUAAGUACAGCGAAGAACGUCGUGACAUUUUUGCUGAAGGCAAAUGUUAAUCUCAGUGAAAUGGAACAAUUUUCAAUUAUUACAGUUAGGAGUGUCAAUCUUAAUUGGUGCUCCAACCUAUGGGGUUCUGGAACAGAUGCAUUUAAAAAACAGAAAAUGAUAAGACGUUCCUGGUGAACGUCAAGUGGGUGGGGAGGGUGAAUGUACUUUUUUACCCAAAGGGACCCCUCGAAAAUAUAACAGGACCCCCGUGAGAAUUUUUGGACACAUUUUGCUUUAUUACAGAGCGCGAUGGAAAUUUAAACUGAAAUCCUUCGACAUUGAAUGCUGUGUUUUUAACUUUCGUUAUAGAAUUCGUCAAUUCCUUGUCAAAUUUAUUUUGAAAGCAAACUCUGAAUACUUGUGCUUGUAGUUUAUGAAUUGUAAAAAAAAACGUAAAACUUAACAAUAGAAUUAUUUACUGACCGGAAUAGAAAUAAAAAAUACCUUGCGCA